AGUCGUUAAACGAUAAAUCCGCUAUAUUGAAUUUCGAUUGAUUGUGAGUUAUAAAUAUUAACCUCAUGAUGACCGCUAUGAAUUAUGAAUUAAGCAGGAGUAUGAGUAUAGAUAUACCCAGAUGAUACUGACACCGUCAUGGGGGAAUGCUAUUCGACAUGAUCAUCCACGCUACCAAUUUCUCGGACCGAGUGAACUACUCGUUUUGGGAUGAAACCUUCAAUGACACGGUGUACAAGCCGUCCGGGAGACCACCCUUUCCGAAAUGGGAGAGGGGAGGACCUGAUAUUGUGUCGGGUGUUCUCUUGUUGAUUUGUACUGUGGUGGGUUCAGCUUUGAAUGUGUUUAUCAUCAUUGCGAUAGUUCCAAACCGUCGUUUACGAACCGUCCGCAAUAUACUCUUAGUCCACCUUGCUGUGGUAGGAAUUCUGUCAUCUCUCAUUACAACACUGUUCUCGGCAGUGGUCGUUCUCACCGGGCGCUGGAUUGGAGGAGAUAUCUCUUGCCAAAUUUAUGGAUUUUUACAGUCUAGUUUCACCCUGGUGACGACGUGGACCAUCGCUGGAUUAAGCUGGGAUAAAUAUAACACCAUUGCUUCUCCUCUACACCAUUCUUUAACAGCAACCAUGAAAAAGAUGUCCUGUUUAUUUAGUAUGUAUUGGUUAUUCGCAAUAGUAAUUGCACUACCACCAUUGCUAGGAGGAAAUGAGUACGUAUUUCAUCGAAUUCAAGGAAUCUGUUUCAUUAACCAUCUUCAUAUACCGGGACAUUGGUAUCUAGGAAUGGCUUUAAUCCUUAUGUUUUACCUCCCUCUCUCAGUAAUGUUGUACUGUUACACGCAUAUUUUCAAAAUUGCAAGAACUCAGAGCAGCAGAAUCGCUGCAACAAUGGUAAGAAUGGCGUGUGUGGUGCAAGUUCCCAUAGCGCCAAACAGUCAAGCGACUCAGUUAAAUUCAUCAUCAAUCAAAGGCACGAAAGCAAUGAUGACAAUUUUUCAAUUAAUAGGGGCAUUUGCACUCACAUACAUUCCUUAUUCUAUUGUGAUAAUCAUUGAAGCGUGUAUUGGUAGAGAAUACAUUCACACAAUGGUGUUUUCUGUUGUUACAACUUUGUACCAAGCGGCCCCAAUGACAAACGGGGCCGUAUAUGGAAUUAGAAACAAAAUUCUUCGAAAUUCGUUCUAUAUUUACACCAGAAGGAAAUUUCAACGUAUAAGAUACAAAGACAAAAGAAAGGGAAGCAUACGGAGGUCCUCAUCUUUUCGAAUGUCACUUUUGCAACGUAAAAAUAAUCAAAAUGGUGACGUUGGGGGUCUACGAAGGACCCAGUCGUUACAACCUCGUCACGUGUCGCGACAACCAAAAGACGGUCUCCGUCCACCGAGUGAUGCUAAUAUCCGAAAAGCUCAUUCAUUUACAAUGGGAAAUGGACACACGGCACUUCAGCUUCCGGUCUUAGAAGUCGAUGAACCCAAUGGACUAAGUGAAGUUUCUAAUAAAAGCUUAGAUUUUGUGAUUAACCCACCUUCGGAUCAAACAGAAGAGCAAAUGGUGCAAAAAAUCUGAUCUGAACACUUGUUAGUGCUCACCAAUUAGAUCUAUUUUAAGCUGAUGGAUGCAGAUGUGAUAUUUGUUCUUUGGUGAAUGGUUUGUAUGAAUUUAAGAGUAUUAGGGACCAAGAAUACACACUAACGUAGAACUGUAUAUAUUACGGUUUUAACUGUGUUAUUUAUCCAGAAUAAGAAAUCUCAAGUUUUGAUAUUCGAUGAAGGAACAAAAGAAUUUUAUCAGAUGACCUUCACCUUGUCAGCCCGAAUUAAGCUCUUGAGGAUGGGAGGAAAUAAGAAAUUGUUCGUGUAUAUGCCAGAUGGCUGAGCUGAUGCGAAUCUAUACAUAUGCUUUUUAUGAUGGUAUUAUGUCAAAACUGAUCGUACAGAGCGCAUUCUUGUUAAUGUUGUACUUGUUAAAAAUAAAGUGCUACUCAUUA